AUGUCGUCGCUCUACAAGCUCUCGAUCUGCGGCGUCCGGUCGUUUUCGCCGCGCGACCACGAAACCAUCCAGUUCGGCAGCCCCUUGACGCUCAUCUGCGGGCAGAACGGGUGCGGCAAGACCACCAUCAUCGAGUGCCUCAAGUACGCCACCACCGGCGACCUCCCGCCCAACUCCAAGGGCGGCGCGUUCGUCAACGACCCCGCCGUGGCCGACCGGCUGGCGGUCAACGCGGAAAUCAAGCUCGGCUUCACGUCCGUCGACGGCAAGCUGAUGACCGUCACGCGCAACAUGCAGUUGACACGGAAACGCGGCGGCACGCGCGCCAACGCGGCCAACGCGGCCAACACGGCCAACACGUUCAAGUCCUUGGAGGGCCAGUUGGCCGUGCUCCUGCGCGGCGCCAAGACGGCCGUCAGCUCCAAGAACGCGGAGUUGGACGCGCGCGUGCCGCGCUACCUCGGCGCGUCCCGCGCCGUGUUGGAGUCCGUGAUCUUCUGCCACCAGGACGACAGCUUGUGGCCGCUCAGCGAGGCCGGCGUGUUGAAGAAGCGCUUCGACGAGAUCUUCGAGGCGCUGCGCUUCACGCGCGUGCUCGACGCCUUGAAGACCGUGCGCAAGGACAUGGCCACGGACGUGCGCGUGCUCGAGCAGGCCGUGGCGCACGCGCACUCGGACCAGGCCCGCGCCCACAAGCUCCGUGCCAAGGCCGCGGCGCUCGGCGCGCAGGCGGACGCCUACCUGCUGCAGAUCGCGGCCGUGGCCGGGCGCAUCGAGCGGCUCGAGCGCCAGGCAGACGAUCUCUUCCGCUCCCACCAGGCGUUCCACCUGAUCGUGAGCGAGCACCAGCGGCUCCGGCUCUUGGUGGACCUGACGCAGGCCGCCGUGCGCCGCCUAGAGGCGUCCGUGGCGCUCCUCCGCGACCCGGACGCCGCCUUGCACGCCAUGGCCGCGGACUUUGCCGCCACCACGGCCGCCCAGACGCGCCUGUUGGCGGCCGCCCGCGCCGCCGUGGCCGCCGCGGAUGCCCGUCUCGCGGACUUGCAAGCCCGGCUCCAUGCGCUCGUGCGCGACGAGGGCUCGCUCGCGGCCAAGACCGCGCAGCACGCGGCCGACGGCGCCCGCCUCGAGCAGCUCAAGGACCAGGCCGGGGCGCGCGGGCUCGCCCACGCCGACGCCCAGCGGCGCCUUGAAGAGACCCGCGCCCGUGCGGCCACGUCGCUCCAGCACGUGCUGCAGGCGGCCGGCGAGCGGCGGGCCGCGGCCAACAACGCGCUCCAGGCGGCCGCCGACGGCGUGCGCACGGAGCAUGAGCGGCUCGCGCACUGCCGCGAGGAGACCGCGGCCACCGCGGCCAAGAUGCGCGCGGCGCGCUCGCGGCUAGCGGCCGUGGCGGGCCACGAGGAGCAACUCGAGGCGGAGCGGGCGCGGCUCGACGGCUUGCGGCAGAAGAUGGCGCAGCGCCGGGCCGCGGCAGACACGCAGGCCGCGGACUCGCUGGCCGCGGAGGACGCGCAGGCCGUGCGCCGCUUGGAGCUGCGCUUGGACGAGCUCAUGCGCCAGACGCAGGCCGCGGGACGGCUGGCGGACGUGCUCGGCAAGAAGGACUUGGUGCGCGAGGCGCGCGACGCCAAGCGCGCCGUGCUCGGCCUGUUCGUGGCGGCGCACACCGCGGGCUUUGCGCGGCUCUUUGGCGCGGCCAUCGACCCGGCCUCGGCCGCCGGGCUCGUGGACGCCGAGCGGCGGGCGCGGGCCGAGGCGCACGAGACGCGCCAGGCCGAGGCCCGGGCGCAGCACGCGGUGGUGGCCGCGGCCACGGCUGAGGCGCACGCGGGCGAGACGCGGCUUGCGGGCUUGCGGGCGGCGUUGGCGGAUCACGCUGCCCGCGUGCUGGCGGUGCUUGCGGCCGGCGAGGAGCCGCAGUACGAGGCGCUCGUGCGCGAGCUGGAGGCCGACCACGCCACGGCCGUGCACAACUUGAACACGUACGAGGUCACGCGCAGCUACAAGCUCAAGGCCGUGGAGAUGGCGCGGGCCAGCCGGAGCUGUGCGUUGUGCCACCGCGGCAUGGACGCGGCGGAGCUCGCGGCGUUCGUGGCGGACGUGGAGGCCAGCGUGCGCACGUUCACGCCCGACAAGUUGGCGGCGGACGUGGCCGCCACGCGCAAGGACCUCGAGGAGCUCCGCGCCAUCAACGCCGACGUCUUGGAGCUGCGCCGCGUGCGCGCGGAGCUUUCCGGCCUCGAGACCCAGCAGACGGCCGCGGCCGGGCGCUUGCGGGAGGCCAGCGACGCGCUCAGCGCCGCGGCGCGCCUGGCAGACGACAGCCUGGCGGCUUUGGCCGAGCUUGACGCGCUCAGCAGGCCGGCCGCGGACAUUGCGCGGCUCGCGGACGAGCUCCGCGGCCUCGACAACCAGCUAGCCGAGCUCGACCGCGAGAUCGCGGAGCUUGGCGUGCCGCCGGUACCCAUGGCCGAGCUCCAGACGCAGCAGCAGCAAGCGGCCGCCGAGCUCAAGGGCUUGCGCCAGCGCGUGGCGGACGCUGAGGCAGAGGGCAACGCGCGCCUGAAGGAGCUUGCCCGGCUCGAGUACCAGCUCAAGGACAAGGAGCUUGUCAUCAGCCAGUUGCAGCUCGGCUUGAGCGAGGCGACCGGCCUCAAGCACCAGAUCGCGGAGAUGGAGGCGCACGACGCGGCGUUGCGGGACAAGGGCGCCGCGUUGCAGACGCGGCUCGCCGAGUUGCUGGCCCGGCGGGACGCUGCGCAGGCCGCGCUCGAGCAGGCCGACAGCGAAGCCGCCGACGCCGAGGCCGAGCACCGGACGCGGCUCGACGCCGCGGCCCGCGCGCUCGAGCUGUUCACGCGCCUCCACGACCUGGUCUUGCACUACGAGCAGGUCGACGCGCCGCUCGUGGCGCAGAACGAGAGGGACAUGGCGGACGCCAGGCUGCAAAUGGACGCCGCGGGGGCCUUGAAGAGCGAGAAGCAGAGCGAGGCCGCGCAGCUCCAGGGCUUUAUCGCCGACGCCGCCGGCACCGAGAGAAACAUCCGCGACAACUUGGAGCUCCGCGACUUGACCCGGCAGUUGGAGGAGCAGCAGGCCGCGUUGGCCGCCGUGGACAUCGAGGCUGCCGAGCGCGAGAAGGAGCAGUACCUGGCCAAGGCAAAGCAGCUCCGCGACGAGAUCGCGGGCUUGAACGAGCAGCACUAUAGCAAGGUGGGCGAGGUGAAGCAGAUCCGAGACCAGAUCCUGGCCCUCCACAACGAGCUCCGCGCCGACUACCUGGACGCGGACAAGGUCUACCACGACGAGUGGAUCAAGUUGCAGACCAACCUUUUGGUCUCCACGGACCUCCAGACGUACUUGCAAGCGUUGGACAACGCGAUCAUGAAGUACCACAGCAUGAAGAUGGACGAGAUCAACCGCAUCUUGCGCGAACUCUGGACGCAGACCUACCGCGGCACCGACAUCGACAGCAUCGAGAUCAAGUGUGACGUGACGAACCAGACAAGAGGCAGGUCGUACAACUACCGCGUGGUCAUGUAUAAGCGGAGCUCGGAGCUCGACAUGCGCGGCAGGUGCUCGGCGGGGCAGAAGGUGCUCACGAGCAUCUUGAUCCGCUUGGCCCUUGCCGAGUGCUUCGGCUCCAACUGCGGAAUGAUCGCGCUCGACGAGCCGACGACGAACUUGGACGAGGAGAACGCCGAGUCGCUCGCGAACGCGCUCAGCAACAUCAUCGAGUUCCGCAAGAGCCAGAAGAACUUCCAGCUCAUUGUCAUCACACACGACGAGAAGUUCUUGAACCACAUCAACCGAGGCCGGUUCGUCGACAACUUCUAUCGCAUCGAGCGAGACGAGAAGCAGCACUCCAUCAUCAGGAGCUUGCCUAUUCACGUGAUGCAAGGCGAGUGA